CGGCGCUCUGUAAAAGGGCUGUCAAUGCAAAUUACACAUGAUUUCACAACCAAAUACACCAUUUCAUAAGACAUGUUUGCAACUUCUGGCUAUUUCAAAGGAGUUGACUGUCCCUACUACCUAAGUGGACUAUGCGAAAGGCCAUAUUGUCAUUUGAGACACGUUAAGAAGGAUGGGUGCCGAGAUGCAUCAUCUACAUACACAUCCUCUUCCAAUUAUGUGGGAGGAAGUCGACCGUCUUCUCCCAUUGAUCCUGCCCUCACUCAUGGAGGCUUACAGUGCAGUGGCCCAACAGGAUCAAAGCCUGUGGGGUCUGGAGGUUACCUAAGCAAAUCUGGUCCAACAGGGAAUACUUGUGGAGUUCCUUUCAAGGCAGACGAUGUUGAGGAAUAUUCUGUCGAUGGCCACGAUUCCGAAGGACCUUUGUAUGAGCCCACGCCAAAAUAUGACAUUACAGGUGGGCGGAAGAAAAGGCAGAACUCAACAGACUGUCAGUACAAGCCAGGAGGACCUGCAGUAGAGGUGCCGGAAUACGAACCAAAUCAUGCACCCGGAACCAAACCAGACAAGACACCUGUGUACAAACCUGGCAGUGUGGCCAAGAAGUCUAAAUUAGACAGUUAUGUUCCAAGUGGGUUACCAAAAGUGUCAAAGUCUCAGGCAAAGAAACGUAGAGCUAAUCCUCCAGGAGUACCGGAUGUUAUUCCUGAGUAUGUUCCAAGUGCUGUGCCUCAGUAUAAUCCCACACCUAUAAAUCAGCUGAAGAGGAUGAAGAAGACACCAGAUACUGAAUCGGAGUAUGAUCCAGUCAAUAACUAUAUGUACUCCACCAAUCAACCUCCCAAUGAUGUAGGAGAGGUUGUGUAUGUGCCGACAAAACGUUCCAAGAUAGAAGGGGAGGAAGAUAUGUUUAUGGACGAGUUUGGUGGUUCGGAUGAUGCUAUGUUUAGUGAUGAUGAUCAUGAGGAUGAUUCUGAAUUAAUUAUGGAUUCAGGGAGAUAUGAGUCUCCCCUUGAGGAAGAGUCAGAUGAGGAAGUCAGUGAAAUUUUUGCAGUUAAGUCUUUUUUCAAAGACACCAUUUCAGAUAAACCAGCUGUGGACAAGAAAGUUGAAAUUUGCGAAAAUGAGUUGAAACAUCCAAUUCGAAAAUCAAUGUCUACUGAAAAAAAAGAAGGGGAUAAACCAUCUGGUGAUAAUAAGAAAGACAAAUGUGAAAAGACAGAUAUUGAUAACAAAUUGAAAGACAAGUCUUCUAAACAUUCUAGUUCAUCUAAGUCUAGUUCUAGUGAGAAGGGAAGUGAUGCUUCUAAAAAGAAGGACAAAUCUACUAGCAGUAGCAAAAGUAAUAAAGUGUCGGAUAAUAAAAGUACAAAACAUAGCUCCUCCAGUCAUAAAAGAAGUUCCUCAAGUGAAAAAUCUCAUGGUUCUAAUGGUGCUAAUCAUAACAAAUCUAAACAUUCAGAAAAAGACAAAUCCAGACACAAAGAAAAUGGUGUAUCAGAUAAAUCUCGAACAAAAGACUCCUCAGCUAAGCAUGAUAAGGAGAAACAAAGCUCCCACUCUUCAAGUUCGGAAAAGAAGCAUAAAUCAGAUUCUCAGAAAUCUCAUAGUAGCUCUCAUAAACCAAGAUCAUCUUCCAAAGACAGUUCACAUCAGAGAGAGCACCACCGAGACUCGAGAGAUAAGUCGAAGGAAGGUGAUGUUAAAAAGAGCCAUAGUAGCCACAGUAGAUCCUCCACUAGUUCUCAUAGUCAUGGGCACUCCAGUAAAAGCAGCUCCAAGUCAGAGAAGGAAAAUAAAAACAAACAUGAAAAGUCAACAUCUUCAUCUUCAUCUUCUAAAAGUCCCAAGGAUAAAGGUGGUAAGAAUGAUAAGGACCAAAAUCUGGCACAUAUCAAUGCUGAUUUGUUUGGUUCAGAAAGCGAGGAGGAAGGGACGUUGGGUAAAAAGUCCAACAAUAAUUCACAUGACAUGACAGAUGCUGAGUUGGCCAUGUUCCUUGAAGACAGUGAUUUUGAAUGUGAGACAGACACGUUCGAGGAGUGCUUAAAAAUAUUCAACGAGGAGGCUGCAUCAUUUAAGAAACAGCCCAGGGAGAAAAAGGCAGCAAGGGAACACAGUGAGUCAAGAGAUGCUGGCACCUCCCAGGUGGUGGGGAAGAAGAGAUUGGCACAUGCAGGUGAUGUGAGGCCAUCCAAGCGGGCAGCUCCGAAGCCGGCCGUGAAGAUGAGUCCUGCAGAGGUGAUGCACAAUCGCUUGAUGGAGAUGCAGCGACGGGCCUUGGAGGCGGCAGAGGCCAGGAAGGCUGUGGCGGAUGCCCAAGCUGCAAUUGCAUCAGGGUCAAGUUCGUCUCAUAGCAUGGGAGGGGGACAAAAGCGAACAGCUCAUACCCCGAAGAUGAAAGCAAACAGACAGAGAAGUGUGGAUGACAGAGACGAUGACAAGAGAACUGUUGCUAUCACAGUGGCCCGAGGGGAGAAGAGGAAAGCCCAUGCUCCAACACUGAGUAAUGUGAAACGUCCUACGAUACCUGCGGAGUUUGGGAGUAAAGUUCCAAGUAACAUUCGUCAGCGCUACCUGAAUCUCAUAAUAGACGAAUGCCUCAAGAUAUGUAAGACGGAAGAAGAGGCGUAUAAGAAAGGUCAAGAAGAAGAGGCUGCUGUGUACAAGCGAGCCACCAAUAAAAACAUCUACCUCCGAGUUGCUGUGAAUGCCAUAAAGAGAUUACGAGUUGAAGUACAGCAAUCUUGCUCAUCACCCACCAAGAGUCCUUCUAAGAUUAUUAAACAGUCUCACGAGGCAAUGUUAGGUGGCAAAAAUGCCACAAGAACCACCUACACUUUGCAUCGAUCAGGAGGCGGGACCAAGACACACACUGAUGAUUUCAGAGGUGCGGAACUGUACAAGCGGUUGUCUAAGUACAUCCUGACUGAGGAUCAGUUGAGGGAGAAUGGUUUUCCCAGACCCUCUGACGAAGGAGGAUCACAUGCCAAGUUCUAUGCUGACAGGAAAGAAAAGGAUGUCAUUUUAAAACAACAUGAGAAGAACUGUGCACGGUGCGGCAAGAGGUUCAUCGUGUUCCCUAAUGGUAACUACAAUCGAGAGGAGGAGUGUGUCUACCACUGGGGCAAGGCCUGGAAGAAGAGAGUUGACCGUGCCCUGGUGUCGAGCUACAACUGUUGUGGGGGGGACCUGGGGGCCGAGGGCUGUCAGGUGUGCAAGUACCAUGUAUUCGAGUCCAACAAGUCUGAGAGUGUGACAGGAUACAUGAAAACCAUUCCUUCGUCCCCACCAAUAGAUGGGGAUUAUGGUGUUUAUGCCAUGGACUGUGAGAUGGUGUACACAAAGGGCGGCAUGGAGCUUGCCAGGGUGACAGUGAUCGACCCCGAGUCCAAACCAGUGUACGAGACAAUGGUUAAACCAGGCUUCCCUGUGAUCGACUACAACACCAGGUUUAGCGGAAUCACUGAGAAGGAUCUACAGGAUGUGAAGACAAGUCUUCGGGAUGUACAAGCUGUGCUCCUCAGUCUCUUCACAGACAAGACGAUUCUGAUUGGUCACAGUCUCGAGAGUGAUCUCAUAUCGGUCAAGAUCAUACACAACACUGUAGUGGACACAUCUGUAGUGUUCCCCCAUCGACUUGGGCCACCAUACAAGAGAGCUCUCCGCAACCUUAUGGUAGAUUUCCUCCAGAAGAUUAUACAAGACGAUGUUGGCGGCCAUGACAGUCAGGAGGAUGCAGUAGCCUGUUUGCAGCUUAUGCAGUGGAAGUUGAAGGAGGACGCGAUGAAGGAGGUCAGGCGUGUCUAGGACUUGUCACCGAUGUCAUCUGUGAAUCUGAAGAUCCAUCACUCAUUUCAACACCUGUUUCAGGAGAUCAUAUAUGAAGAUCUGUCAUCCACUUCACCACUUAAACCACGAGUGUCAGGAAAAGAUGAAGAUCAAACAUCAGUUUCAGCCCUUGUGGCAGGACAGCAGGGAGAUACUUCAGCCAUGACAUCACUUCUCAUCAUAUCAUAGCUAUCCGAGUCCAUAGUAACAGAAAAGGAUCCUUCAGCCAUUACAAUACUUGUGUCAUGAUAUCAUACCUUUAUCAUGAUAUCAUAGCUAUCCGAGUCCAUUGUAACAGAAAAAGAUCCUUCAGCCAUUAGAAUACUUGUGUCAUGAUAUCAUACCUUUAUCAUGAUAUCAUAGCUAUCCGAGUCCAUUGCAACAGAAAAAAGAUCCUUCAGCCAUUACACUACUUGUAUCAUGAAAUCGUAGCUAUCUGAGUCCACUGAAACAUAAAAAGAUCCUUCAGCCAUUUCAUCAGUUGCGGCAUGACAACCAUGGACAAUACAUCUGGAAGAUCCGCCACCCAUUUAAUCCCUGACUUGCGUCUGCUCAUCCAGAAGUGGAAUCUGGUAUGUCACAUGCAUCUGUAUGUGCUAUUGAAACAUGAAUUGGCCUUUUGGACUUCCCUGCAAUGUUAACAUCAGAAUGGCUGCAAUUUUAGAACAGCAACAUAAAUGCAUUGUUAGCUUUACGCAUCUGGAAUACUUGGCCAUUAAUAUUUUCUUUAGCAUGGCUUGCAUGUAUACAGUCCACCAUCUCAAAUAAAAUGUGAAAAGAUUGUCAGUCUGGUAUGAACACACAACAUCAGCCAGUAUGACCUGUUUGUUUGGUUAGGUUUUGGUAAUGUACCAAAAUCUUCAUACAUCAAAUAUUCAUCACCUGAUAUGUGUUACUAGUUUAUUAUCGUUAAAUAUACAAUUACAUCAGUAUAAAGAUUUUAUUUGCCAAAUUCAGCAGUAUUACAGCCACAUUACAAUGGGCCAACACAAAGAAUGGGCUUCAGGACCAAUCAGUUAAACACUGAUUGCAGGUUCAUGAUUGAAAGCUUUACCUAAUACUUGAACUACAAAUUUAAGACUUACAGUCUAUGUACAUUGAUGUAUUGUGCACAUUAAACCGAGCAACUCCUUGGAACUAAAUAUGGUUAUGUAUGUAUUUUUUCCUUACCGUAUUCGAGGUAAUAUGCGCCCAGGGCGCUCUCAAAAUUGGAAAUAGGGGGCUCUUAUUAGAAUAUAAUUUUGGUGAGAACAAAAACAGAGUUGAGAGAUUGUAAAUUUAUGCUGUUUAUGCUGACAGCCUGACAUGAUACAAAAGAAAAGUAUGUGCGUAUCAUACAUGACAGAUAUAUUUUCCAGAAUUUAAUUGCCCAUAAUUAAGGUUGCAUAUAACACAUGAGUACGUAUUA